GACUAUAGUCUUACUCUCCUACCAGUUGAACCGCAAAUAUUCGAACAUAAAUUUCCAUCGUCUUCUAGUUCUAUCCUAAUCAAUAAACUUCAGUUUCCCCCCAAUUUUUCAUGCCAUAAAAAUUAAUGGACACAGAAACCCUAGCUUCAUCUUCAUCUUCAUCUGCUCAAGUUCCUCCGCCAAACGCUUGGAUUACUACUUACCAAAGAUUGCUCCCUCAAUGGAAUUCCUCCCCUCUCUCUCACCAGAUGAUUCCGAUAACAAUAUCGCGAGUAAAUCAAUUUGAUGCGGGAAGACUGGAUGUUGAAAUGUCAGCUAUGUUGAAAGAACAGCUGGUGAAAGUAUUUUCGUUGAUGAAGCCAGGGAUUUUAUUUCAAUAUGAACCAGAACUUGAUGCGUUCCUUGAAUUUCUUAUCUGGCGAUUUUCGAUUUGGGUGGAUAAGCCAACUCCAGGAAUUGGUCUUAUGAACUUGAGAUAUAGGGAUGAACGUGUUAUGGAAGUGAGGGGAAAAGUGAGAAAUGGCUUGGAGGGUCCUGGGCUUACUGCAGCUCAAAAGAUAUGGUACUGUAUUGCUACAGUAGGGGGUCAGUACAUCUGGACACGUUUGCAAUCUUUUUCUGCUUUUCGUAGAUGGGGAGACUCUGAGCAAAGGACGUUGGGACAACGGGCAUGGGUUUUGUUGCAGCAUGUAGAAGGCUUCUAUAAGGUUGCAUCAUUAAGCAACUUGCUUAUAUUUCUCUUUACUGGAAAGUAUAGGAAUCUGAUUGAGAGAGCUAUCAGAGCUAGGCUUGUGUAUGGAAGCCCGAACAUGAAUCGUUCUGUUAGCUUUGAGUACAUGAAUCGCCAGUUAGUGUGGAAUGAGUUUUCGGAAAUGCUGUUGUUGCUUCUCCCACUUUUGAAUUCUUCAUCAUUAAAAAGCUUAUUUCGUCCAUUCUCCAAGGACAAAUCUUCAGAUUCUACCGCUGAGGAAACUUCUUGCCCCGUUUGUCAAGGUAGCCCAAGCAUUCCAUUUAUUGCAUUACCUUGUAGACACAGAUACUGUUAUUACUGUCUUCGAACACGGUGUUCUGCUGCACCAUCUUUCAGAUGCGCGAGGUGCACCCAGCCAGUUACAGCCAUGCAACGGCUAGGUGGCUCUGUAGAGGAGAAGUCUUCCAAAACGUAACAUGUUCAUUACAAGGAAUCUGACCAAACGUAUCAUGAAAUCGCAUUCUUGAAACUAGCCUCCAUGACCUCUAUACGUAUAGAUACACAACUACACAAGGAGGCAAGUCUUUCUGUAAAUCCAGUCAAUUGCUCCCUUCGUUCAGAAAUUAGUAGUCACAUAUACUAUUUUAGGAUGUCCGAAAAAAUUGUUACCUUUCUAAUAUAGUAUUAGGUUUCCCAAUAUACCACUACUUAAAUUAAGUGAUAGUGGGAGAAUGAAAAUGACCCAACUAUUAUACCAUGUCUUUCCUUUAGGUGAUGUUAUAUUCUUAGUAACGAAGGAUCGAGAUAAUGCGACAAUUGAUUCCGGAUGGUUAGAUUCUAUACUCUAUACUAUCAUUCUUUGACAUCAUUUCACAUCUGAUUUCAGGUGAUUUGGUGGUUUUAAAUAAUCUCUGCCUUUGUACAA